AUGGAUGGCCCUCUGUUAUUAUUGUGGGGCGUGAUCUCGCGCGUCGCGCUGCCGCUGGUGGCCUUCUACCGCUUCCACGGCUGCGUGCUGCUGCUGGACGUGUGGCGGCGCGCCUACCGCCCGCCGUCGUGCGGCGCCGACGGACGGGCGGGGACCGGCGCUGCCGUGCUGGUCGGCGGCCGAACGGGCGCCGCGUCCAAGGGGCUUGCUGAGGGAGCGGCCGCGUCGUCGUCGUCGUCACUAAUCUUCCUGUGGUCGCGCACGAGCGAACCUGGUCCUUCCGGCCCGCCUGCUGAGCGGGGGCGGACGAGCCGCGGGCGGCCGCUAGCUGCCGCGUCGCGCCGGCUGCCAUGGGAGCCACGCCGACGCACGCGCGCGUGUAAUUGGAAAAAAACUAUACUCGUAACAUCCGUUACUGGAGUGUGUGGCGUGUGGGCAGCUGACUGGCCGCGGCACGGCGCCCUGGGGCUGCUGCUGCAUACGGGUGUCGGGCCUGGGCGCCGCACGAACGCCCUGCGCGAUCGGUGGCCCGAACGCGCUGCGCUGCUUCGCCGCUCGCCCCUGCAGCCCCUUUGCAGGGCGCAUUUGGCGAGCAUGGGCGCCUCCUCGCGCGGGGAAACGAAAUAA